AAGCAUUUUCGUCGUCGACGUCGUCUUUGCACGGGCUCCCGCACUCGUACGUGCAUGAAACGCCAGGACGCCGGACAGGGACCCCCACGUUUACCACCGGGGACAAGGUGACUGUUUUGAAUUCGUCGUCGGUGAUAGAAAAGAUGUCGUUCUCCGUCUCUGACUUUGUGUUCCGUGCUGACCAUAACCUCGACUUACCCACCCACUCCCAGCGGGGUCGCUGAGCUGCACCCGGCCUGCCGCCGCUGAGCUGCACCCGGCCUGCCGCCGCUGAGCUGCACCCGGCCUGCCGCCGCUGAGCUGCACCAGGCCUGCCGCUGUUGACAGCGCAGGCUCGUCUGAUUCCGAGCGUGUUGCUUCUCCGCCAUGGACGGCCCCCCUAAACUGUCCGGCGAGACCCUGAUCGUGCACCACAUCCCCCUGGUGCACUGCCAGGUGUCGGGGCGGCGGCGGGGGGUUUGCGGUGUCGGGAGUGGCUCUCUAAAGAGGGGCAACCCGUUCAGCCCCCCGGAGAACUUGGGCCUGAGUCGCACCACCUCCCUUCCGGAGAGGGACGUCCUCCAGAGGGAGGCGCUGCUCUACAGCAGCCUGAUUCAGACCUCCGCUCAGAACACGCCACCGGAGAGGAAGGGCGGCGGCAGCACGGCUAGCGACGACUCCUCGUUCACCUCCAGCAUCUCCGACGAGCAACUGGUCGCGGCUCACACGAUACCCCGGGUCAAGACCAGGAGCCGCCACCCGAUACGCUGCAACCCAUUUCUGGUCAAGACUGACGACGAAGAGUAUGAGGAUGAGGAGGACGACGAGGACGACGACAACCUGGCCGGCUAUCUCGAGGACUCCUCCUUUCACCUCCACGGCCUCGCCGAGGGCGCCUCGCCGCCCUUCUGCCUGCGCGGCCUGAACUUUGCGUCAGAGUCACGCUAUCGGAAUGGCGCGAGCCAAAGCUCAGACCCGCCGGAGCUGGGCCGGCGGCACGGCAGCAGCGGCUCCAACAUGUCGGUGGACUGCGGCGAGCACGAAUGGGAGGACGACGAAGACGAAGAUCCUCCCAUGCCUUGUGGCAUCAAGACGGGCUCCUACUCCUCAGGGUCUUUGGCGCAGCACUGCUCCUGCUGCACCGUGGCCCAGAACCUCUCCCAGGACUUCCCCGAUGCCUUCCCAGAAUGCCCGCGAGGCUACUGCAGCGACUCGUCGUGCAACAGCUCGGACGGCGUGCUAGUCAAUUUCAGCACUAUUUACAACAAGAUGAACAAUGGCGUCCCCGAGAAGCCAGGCAACCUGAACAGCCCUGCCGAGCGGCCCUCUGCCAUUGACCAGCGGGACCCAAUAGAGGGCGCCUUUUACUUGGACCUCCUCACAUCGCCCACGGAGCCUCCGCUGGCCUUCUCGCUUGGCCGAGAGCCUUCGUUGUCCGCCUACUCCUCUUGCUCGGCGGAGCACCAGGCCGCCGUGGAGCUGGACGCCAACUGCAACUCCUUCUGUCCGACGCCCGCAGGCGGGGACGUGUCCUGCCUGCAGAGUCGGGCCCGGUUGGUGGUGGCCAGCCAGAAUUACUACAAACUGGUCACCUGCGAGCUGUCAUCCCAGUCUCCGCCCAGCCCCGCCGGAUCGUCCGUCCACAGUGGCUCAGAGGAGCACAGCAGGGGCAGCCCGCCAUGCUCCACCCAGCCCAGCGAGUACUUCCUGUUCCUGCAGAGGGCCAACCAGCAAGUGGAAGAUGAGGGGGAGGAUGAAAAGUCAGUGACGCAGCCUGUGGCGGCUAAAGAGGAUGAAGACGAGGAGGCGGCGGACGAGCCAGACGCCCCUGCCGAUCUCCUCCAAGUGUACGUCAACGUGUCGCCCCCGCAGGACGAGCAGGACGCCGGCCGACUGCGAUCCCGCAGCUACGACCGCAACCUGGACAAGUCGCCGGGACCCCACCCGGGCUCUCUGGAGCGCAUGCUGAGUUGCCCCGUGCGCCUCAACGAUGGGGGCGGCGCUCUGGCCGAGCCUCCUCCUGCACCGCCGCCCCGGGUCACCUCCUUCGCCGAGAUGGCCCGCAGCAAGCGGCGGCACGGCAGCUCGCCGUCCCUCAAGGCAGAUCCCUACUCCUCUGGCGAGUUCUCGCCCAGCCGGGAGGGUGACGCCGCUGCCCCCGGUUGUGGCCAAGACGCCACCCGGGAGACGGACGUUGAAGGCAGGUCCUCCAGCUGCUCCGACGUCCAUCCGGCUGUGGUGCGUUACGGCAAAGACCAGCGGCCCACCUCCCUCCCCAUCCAGCCCUUCACCUUCCACCACCAGCUGGCUCCGAAGCCCCCCCAGCCUAAGCCCCUGCCCCACCUGAUGACCGGCUACGUGUCUGGCAUACAGGCCAGCUCUGGCUCCGGUGACGAAAGCGAGGAGCGACAUCGGGAGGUCGUAGCCAGAGCCGCGGCUCCCCCCGGCUCCGUCCGUCCGUCGCCCCUGGGGAGUUACUCCCCAGUGCACCUUCAGGAGGAGGCCGCCAGCAGCAGGACCUGCUCCACGUGCACCCCGAGCCCCCCGGCCCCUCACAACCUCUCCCGCUGCCCACAUAGCGCGGUGCGCACGGGGCCGCCGCACUGCACCCCUCCCCCCGCUGGCCUUGGUGCGAAGAGGGGGGUGGCGCCCCCCACCCUGCCGCGCCUGCACGGGGACGUUGUCAGCCCCCUGGGGUGCGUCAAGACUGGAAGCCUUGUGGAGGGAAGCAGGAUGCAGAAUGCGCACCACCUCUCCCCCCAGGCCUUAAAGUGGCGGGAAUACCGACGUCAGAACCCUCUUGGCGGCGAGAGACCGGCUGGCAUCUCCUCGUUGUCAGAUCCGCGGCGUCCUCCCCGACGCAACGUCUUCGAUUUCCCUUCAGCUCCCCGCUGCCGGCCGACGGGACACCUUCACGUCAAGCAGAUGCAGCAGAACUUGCCCCCAGAUUACCUGUCUCUGACUGAGAGGCCGCCCGAGGAGUUCUGCCUGUCCCCGGAUGCCUCCGCAGCUUCAUCCUUGUCCUCUUCUUCCGCCGCCUCGCGCUCACAGUUUGCCGUCAACAUGACUCACAAGAGAGGUUUGGUGAAGGCUGUCAACACGGCAGUCGAUCUGAUCGUGGCUCACUUCGGUACGAGCCGAGACCCUGACGUCAAAGCCAAGUUGGGCAACAGCUGGGUGAGUCCCAACGUGGGUCACCUGAUCCUCAAGUAUUUAUGCCCGGCGCUGCACGAGGUACUGCAGGACGGCCUCAAGGCCUACGUGCUGGACCUGAUCAUCGGACAGCGCCGCUGUCAGCCCUGGAGCCUGGUGGAGGCCUCCACGCAGCUGGGUCCAUCCACGCGCGUCCUCCACAACCUGCUGAUGAAGGUGAACCAGUUCUCGGAGCUGACGAGCCACAGCAUGAGACUCAACGCCUUCAUCUUUGGUCUUCUCAACCUCAAGUCUUUGGAGUUCUGGUUCGGUCACCUCCUGACACACGAAGCACCCUCUACAUCAGCCUCUCCUUUGGUUCCAGACAUCAUCGCCGCUCACUACAACACCUGGGGCCUGGUCCCGCUGGCUCAGGGUGCGUGUCAGCAGCUGUUCGGCGAGCUCCUUCUAUUGCUGCAGCCCCUCUCGCUUCUCCCGUUUGACCUGGACCUCCUGUUUGAACCCCGGCUCCUGGCGACGGGGCGCGAGCAGCAGAAGCGGCGCAAAGAGCUGCUGCGCUCAGCGGGACAGUCCACCACCAGCUCCACCCUGCAGCUCAUGAGGGGCUGGGGUGCCGCCGUCGGGGACAUGGUCACCGGGAGAGAGAGGGUGGCGAUGAGGCCGGAUGGCACCUGGCCCAGGACGGAGGCCUCCAGGAAGGAGAGUGUCCCGGUGGGGGUUGCUAACGGGGCCGAGGACAGAGUGACGGGUGGCCAGAGGAUGAAGGGAAUAGGGCAAGAAAGUGAGGAAAAGGACGUAGGGAAUUAUCCCCUGAGGAAGCACCCCGCAGCCACGCACGAGGGGCGCCAGCGUCAGGACCGCCAGGCUGGAUGGUGGUACCAACUCAUGCAAUCCUCCCAAGUCUACAUUGACCAGUCCGCAGAGGGUUCCAAGUUUGUCAAAACGGACAAGCGCCGGACGUCGGGCGAGCGCCGCCCUUGCCGGCUGCCGCCCCCCAGGGAGGGUGCAGUGGAGGGCGCCGAGUCUGGCUCUGGGGGACGGCCCUCCUGGAUGGGAAGCCCGCCCGAGUCGCUCCUCAACCAGGAGGUGACAGCGGUCCCAAGUCCGGCGACCAAAGUCCAGCCGGAGAGCGUUGGUCAGGGGCUGCGCUGGGGGCGGCUCUUUGGGUCGGCGACCAAGACAUACGCAAGUGAACUCAAGGCUAAAGCUCAGAAGAACAGGCUGCCGUCUGGCUGGCUCGGUCUGGACUCAUCGGUUUUGGGCCUAAUGGCGCAGACUAUCGGUGCUGGGGGCAGCCAAAAGGUAGAGGCGGCGCCCGCCAGGCCCCCGUCCGGUGUGGUUUCACCCAACGAGACCAAUGCUAGUGAGACUAAACUCUCAACAUGCAAAGUGCAAGCGUUGUGCCACCACAUCGCCACAGAGACGGGACAGCUCAGCUUCAACAAAGGCGACGUCCUACGAGUGCUGAGCAAGGCGGAUGCCGAUUGGCUUCUCUGUUCCACGGGCGCCGCUCGGGGCCUGGUGCCCAUUGUCUACGUCUCGCUCUGCAGCACCGGGGAGACCCGGGAUGCCAGCGGCUCCAAUGGUAGCGGCGGUGCCGGUGGCGUCUGCAGCGCUGGGAGUUCCGGUGAUGAGUCUGAAUCCGGACAGUGAAGUCCCUCCGCCCACGGUGAACAGGAAGUGCCCUCCAUUGACCCACGUGAGCAUGCAACCCGCCAAAUAACCAAAAUUCAAAGACAGCAACUGGACUGUGAUCAUGUCACCAAUAUUAUGGUUAUUAUUAAUAUUAUGAUUGGGAGAUAUCGAUACACCAGGUUGGACUUGCUGUCAAUCACUCCCAUGUGUGGAGGUGGAUGGGGCCAUCAUGUAAUGUUGUGACAUUACUAGAAGAUGCAGCACAGGGAUGGGCAUCAAAUGGAUGAAUACGUAAUCAUGUCUUAAAUCACUGUAGUCAAACCGAUAAGAAUUUUCUUGGCUCUAUUAAAGAAACAAACGCGCAUCCUGUACAUCCUGUAAUGUCAAUGGAGUUAGCCCCUGUAGCUUAGCAUGCUUUGCUAAAACCAUUGUCACGCUAACUACCUACGACGGAGUCUAGUUGCUUGCAACAGAUUUGGACCUGGCGAUCCCUCAACAAGUGUCUGAAUGUUCUUGAAGCACUAUUCCAAGCUAAUUAAAGCGCUACGGCAGAACGCCUGACGUCGAAAUGACUGAAGUCGUACAAACGUUCACAAUGAAGGAGACAAAGUCCAGAGUUUGUUAACAUUAGCUUGCCUGCGCUUUGUUUGCAAUUUACUCUGAAGGAGUGAGUUUUUUUACAUGUUUGAUAUUUAAGACCGGGAGCCAAAAAAGAUGCCUCUGACAUCACGAAGAACUUAUUUUUAUGCCCGUAAAAUAGCACGGUACCCUGAAACAUUGGCCAGUUGACAAUUUGACCCAGGAUCUAAUUAUUUCGACGUUGGUGUUUCCGCCAUAUAUUCCGGUCUUGGCUCCCCGCUGGUCGCCCGGUUGUCAUAGUCGCGGCUCAAACUAAGUUUUAGCGAGCUUGGGUCCUGAAGAAAAAGAAGGGAAAUUUGCACUGUUUGGACACUUUAUUGAGGGUGUUAGACUCUUUGUCUGCUUUUCUUGUACAGUUGAAACUAUUUAAAAAUGCCAACAGUAUUCCAGUGUAAAUACGUCGUUUGCUAUCCGUUAGAAGAUUCCCCCAACCUGUAAAUCUCUACACCAUCUUCCCCUUGUGCAUAUGUAUGAUGCUAAUCAGCUAAUGUGGCUAACUAAAGUGCUCUUGUGAA